AUGGAUCUAACUUAUAUUCCUGAAGAUUUAUCCAGUUGUCCAAAAUUUGGAAAUAAAUCUUGCCCUCCCAUCAACCAUUCUUUGCAUGUCCGAGUGAUAAUGUAUUCUAUUAUGACUGCAGCCAUGUUUAUCACCAUCUUUGGAAACUUGGUUAUAUCACAUUUCAAACAGCUUCACUCUCCCACAAAUUUUCUGAUUCUCUCCAUGGCAACCACUGACUUUCUGGGGGGUUUUGUCAUUAUGCCAUACAGCAUGGUACGAUCAGUGGAGAGCUGCUGGUAUUUUGGGGAUGGCUUUUGUAAAUUCCAUGCAAGCUUUGACAUGAUGCUAAGCCUAACCUCCAUUUUCCAUCUGUGUUCCAUUGCUAUUGAUCGAUUUUAUGCCGUGGGUUACCCUUACUACUCAGCCACAAUGACCACCUCCAUGAUAAAGCGACUGUUGGCAUUUUGCUGGUCGGCCCCUGCUCUUUUUUCAUUCAGUUUAGUUCUAUCUGAGGCCAAUGUUGCUGGUAUGCACCGCUACGAGAUUCUUGUUGCUUGUUUCCAUUUCUGUGCACUUACUUUCAACAAAUUUUGGGGGACGAUAUUGUUCACUACUUUCUUUACUCCUGGCUCCAUCAUGGUUGGCAUUUAUGGCAAAAUCUUUAUUGUUUCCAAACAACAUGCAAAAGUUAUCAGCAAUAUGCCUGAGAACACAAAGGGCGAAGUGAAAAAAAAAAACUUAUCUAAGAAAAAGGACAGAAAAGCAGCUAAGACCCUGGGUAUAGUAAUGGGGGUGUUUCUAGCUUGCUGGCUGCCUUGCUUUCUUGCUGUUUUGAUAGACCCAUAUUUAGACUAUUCCACUCCCAUAAUAGUACUUGAUCUUUUAGUGUGGCUUGGGUACUUCAACUCUACUUGCAACCCCCUCAUUCAUGGUUUUUUUUAUCCAUGGUUUCGGAAAGCUCUUAAGUACGUAGUGUCAGGCAAAAUAUUUAGUUCUCACUCAGAAACUGCAAAUCUGUUUCCUGAAGCACAUUAA